UUUCGCGACCCCCACACCAGUGAAUCCCAAAACGUCAAGCUCAUCAGUUCAACUAAGUCUCACAUCAUGGCUCCACUGCUCUCGUUACACCGCCAUGAUAUGAUCGCGGAUUCUCUUCGCCCUUAACGACUGUCUCUCGCACCAAAGUCAAUGAGCAAUAUGCCGAUCAGAUAACGGAAUAACUACCCGAAUUCUUUAAUUCCGCCGCCGUCCGAACAUCCCUUCCCUCGAACAUGCCACGCGCCUUUCCCCCCCUCGAAGGCAGCUCGAAGAACCGACCCUUAUCUCCUUCUCUCGUCGAAUCCGUCGCAGGCUUUAGUGCAGGUGUGGUAUCCUGUUUGACAGUUCAUCCGCUCGACCUUCUCAAGAAUCGCCUACAACUCAAUACCCAGACCAAAUCGCGACGGGGUGACUCCUUCCGCAUCUUGCGUCAUGUGGUGCGCGAUGAAGGAGGUGUGAAAGCGCUCUACAGAGGUCUAUGGCCAAACAUGCUCGGGAACAGUCUGGGCUGGGGGUUGUAUUUCCUGUUCUAUGGGAAGGCUAAGGAAGUGCUGCAGAAGAGGAGGGCACAGGGAGAGCGGUUGGGGACCGGCGAGUUUUUCGGCGCGAGUAUCUUUGCUGGGUUAUUGACCGGCGCAUGCACCAAUCCAAUAUGGGUCGUCAAGACUCGCAUGCUCGAACGCGGCGCAAAUCAUCCGGCGGCAUACAAAACCAUGCGUGAAGGCCUCGCCCAUGUCUAUUCCACACGCGGUCUUCGUGGUCUUUGGGCUGGGUUCGUCCCGUCUACCCUUGGGGUCGCACACGGCGCUGUUCAGUUCGCUAUUUAUGAGAGACUAAAACAUGCACGCGGCGAACAACUGGGAAGUAUGGACAAGCUGACUAACUGGGACUUUAUAUAUAUGAGCGGAGGAAGCAAGCUAUUGGCAGGGGCUAUCACUUAUCCGUAUCAGCCAAUCCGAGCGCGCAUGCAGCAGUAUAACGCUGCCAGCCAGUAUAGCGGAUUGAUUGACGUACUGAGGAAGACGUGGAGGAACGAAGGAUUUCUUGCAUUUUACAAAGGAGUCGUUCCAAAUACGUUGAGAGUUAUACCCACUACCAUCGUCACGUUUGUUGUUUACGAAAAUACGAAAUACUUCCUGCCUCGAAUAUUUGAAGGCGAGCAGAUGGCUCACGACGAGGAUUAA